GGAAUUUGCUAAUGAAUAAAAGGCCACGUUUGUUUUUCUACUUCAUUAUGUUGUGCUCUCAUUAGUCAGAGAAUACGGCUUUUCAAGGUUAGACAAUGUCGAUUAGCUAUUCUGGGAGGAAGUCAAUGAAACCACUUAAUCAACUAAAAACUAUUCACAACGAACACUAUGCCAAACUUCAGAGCAAAAAUGCUUCAGAAACAGAAUUAUUAGAUGAUUUGAGAAUGUAUUGUAAACAAAGGGCAUCAAUCGAACGUGAGUAUGGUCAAUCAUUACAAAAACUUGUGAAUGGUUUUCUUUCAAAAAAAGAAUUAACAACACAGUCAUCUUAUUCAUCAGAGAAUGAUACUAUACUUCCCAAUAAGCAAUAUAACGUAUGGCAUAUAUGGUAUUCAUUGUUAGCCGAAUCGAAUAAUUUGGCAUUAUCACAUUUACGUGCUUCAGAUAAUCAACAAAGAUUGUCUACUGAACUCAAACCACUUAAAUAUCAACGUCUGUCAGUUAAUAAACGUGUAUUUGAACAAUUAAAAAUCCUUCAAGGAGAUCUAGCUGCAUGUGUUCAAGAAAUGGUAAAAUCUCAUAAAGUUUAUGCAGAAGAAGAAAAGCAAGCACAAGAAACCCGUUUAAAAACAUUGGCUGCUAAAGAAAAAAUUCAACGCCGAUCCACUGAUAUAUUCCAUUCCAUGGCGCAGUUACAUAGGAAUUAUGAUAAGCUCCUAGGUAAACGUCAAGCAUUUGAUUCCAGAUCAACUACUGCCAGAAAUGAAUAUCUCUUUCAAUUGACCGCGAUCAAUGCUCAUUUGAAACAUUACUUCAGUGAAGAUUUACCUGUUUUAGCAAAGACUUUAGAUGGAGAAUUAUAUGAAAAAUUAGGUGAAGUGUUCACAACUCUUUGUGAAAAUGAAAUUGAAUUCUGUACACUUACGCAAAAGCGAUUUAACAAUCUUUUCAAAGAAUCCUCACAAAUUAAUCGCACGAACGCCUGGGAAGAUUUUCUAAAAUUAUCACCACUUUUUAAUAAACCCGUUCAAUAUCAAUUUGAACCAAUUAAAGGAGACGAGACAACAAAGCUGUGCUCAGAUACAAAUGAAAGUAAUUUAGAACAAAUUGCACGUAAACUUUCAAGACGGUUAGUGAUACGCGAAAGAUGUAUUAAAUCUUAUGAAAAUGAAAUGAAAAUGUUACAGGCUGGUUAUGUUACUUCAGUGUCUAGUAUGAUAACUGAAUCUAAUCAUCAAAUACAACAACAACCGACUAAUUCGGAAACGGAAAAUAAUAAUGAACUAUUAGCAUUCAAUCAAGAAUAUGUUGAGAAUAAAGUUGAAGAAUUACAAUUCGCUAUACGUCGUGAAAAGAUUGAACAAGUAAAAAUUGAAGCUUGUCUAUCAUUAUUACGUAACUCAUCCAUUGAUAUAAACGAGUUUAUUUCUGAAGCUCGUAUAGCCGCGGAAGCAGCAGCUGUUGCUGUUCAAUUAAAUAAUGACGAUCGAAAUAGUGAUUUGUUAAAUCAUUCCACACCUAAUCGGCAAUCGAUUGUUCGGCCUUUAGGUGAGGGAAGUAGUGAUAGUGCAGCUAGCAGUUUCGGUGCAAAUCAAUUUAUUGAUCAUGAUUCCAGAUUAGUAAGUGAUUGGGAUCAAUCUAAUGCACCGUAUGGAUCUGAACUUUUAGAACGUAAUACAACAACGUAUUCUUUUCAGAGAAGCUUCAAUGUUAAUGAUGAUGAUGUCGAGUCAGCUAGUCGAUUUCAUAGAAAUGGGAUUAAUAAUUGGUCAUCUACUUUCCCUAGACCAUCAACGUCUGACCAAAUUGAUAACUCCACUGAUAGAACUUCUCAUCCAACUUAUAGAUUAUCAUCUCAGACGAGCACAAAAUUGAAUUGUUUAAAUCAGAAUAAUUUAUUUCCAAAUAACAACGAAACGCGUGUAAAACACGAUUAUCAAAAUGUUUCACAAAUCAGUUCACGAACUCAUGAUGACAUAACUGUUCAUAGAUCAACUAUUAAUAAUGAUAACAAUAGUAAUAAAAACCAUCCAAAUAAUACAUUUAAUUCAUUUUUAUCUGUACGUGUCGGUAGUUCCAAUGAUUUGACAAAUAAUAAAGACGAUAUAGAUUUUGAAGCCAUAUGGUCAGAAAAUAAUCGUUUGCAUCGAGCGACUGUUGUACAUGAAUUUAGAGCUAAAAAAUCUAAUGAACUAGAUCUCGUUGUGCAUGAAACUGUUGUCUUAUUGAAUAACGAACCUCAAAAUGGAUGGAUAAAAGUAAGAAGUUUAAUAGAUGGAAAUGAAGGUUUGGUUCCGAUAAGUUACUUAAAAUUAUCUAGCAUGGAUGUACCUAAACACAACUGCAAAAUCCUUAUGAACGGUGAUAGUAGUAAACAAAGUAUCUCAACGCCGCAUACUGACGGAACUAACAUCCUUCAUUCUAAAUUAAUUACUUGUUCCGAAGACAAUGAUCAAAAAAACUCUAAGAAGCCUAAUCAAGUGGAUUCUACGUUUUCAUCCCUUCCUCCAGAAAUAGAUCCACCUCGACUUCUAUGCACAGAUGAAAUUUCUAGUCAUGAAAUGUCCAAACCACCUCUUUCUGGUUCUUUUGUAAGAAGUUUAAUCGAUUUUCGCGGAACUAAUCCAGAUGAAUUAAGCUUUAAAGCUGGUGCAGUUAUACGUGUGAUCGGUCGUGCUCCUAAUAUUAACGAUCCAUUUAAUAAUUCAUCAGCAGCAGCAACAACCAGACGAGAUCAAUUAACUUCAAUAUCUGGCUGUAGUAUUGAUGAUGGGUGGUGGGAAGGUGAUCUUCUAGUGCCUGUAUCAAACAAAAAUGAUGAAGAUCAACAAUUUUAUUCUAUACGUGGUGUUUUUCCAUCUAUGCUAGUACAAUCACUUUCAUCUGUUGAUUCGGAGUUAUGGACGGUUCGAUGGAAUAAUAUUUUAUCAUUGUCAUUAGAUAAUUCAGUGGAAGAAAGUCAGAAUUCUCAAAACCAAAAUAAUAGCAAUAUCGAUAACAUUAAUUCUCCUAAAAUUAGUACCAAACAACUCCAUACAACUUUAAAUCAUCAUCAUAAUAAUAACCUGGUUAAUAACUGUCCUGAUGAUGUUAAUAAAUCAACUAAGAGUUGCCAUCUAAUAGAUGAAGAAGACUACAUACAACUGCAUUCAAAAGUAUUACCAUCAUCUCAUACAGUUCAAGUGAAAAGUCCAAGUUGUCACAUUCAUUCUAGUCCAUCAGAAAGUAUUAAAUUGCCACAUACUUCAUUGUCUGAUGAUACUAAACAUUCAGCGUCUAAUAAUCCUGUUACAAGUCGACAACCUCAUCAAAACUCUCAAUGCUUGCAUCAUCGUCAUCAUAAUCGAUACCAUGAGUUGAGUAAAGCCGAUGAGGUUAGAUGAACUAGUUUCUAUAUUCAUAUUACUCAACUAAAUUCUCCCUGCAUAUCACAAUCUUUGCACCAAAAUGUGACCGCUCAAACUAACGAUUACUUCAAGAUUCGGUUAACUCAAUGUUCAAUUUCUCUUUACAUUCAAUAACAUCAGCCACAUAAAAUAUUUAUAUUUGCGAAACGCACACUCUAUCAAUCCAUUACAUACUCUGUUCUUGACUGCUCUUAGUCUCUUCAUUCAUUGUUUCUCAAGUUGAAACUAACAUGCCACUACCGAGUUAUAGAAGACAGUGUAAAGAUAGCAAUAUUGUAAUGUAACUCACUGACAAAGUUCAGAUAUUUAAAUGUAGCUCUUACCUACACCCUAGAUAUAGAGGGCUACCCUAACCGAAGUAGGUUAAGUCGAGUUUAAAACUUUGAUUAUACAUUAGAUCGAAUACAUCUACUCUCACCACUAGUCUAUAAAUCUCUACGAAUAUAGAAAAGGCUAUAUUAAACAAUGUAAUGAUAACUAAUUUUGUGAUCACAUUGAAGAAUCGUCAAACAUACAAAAUCAAAUUAUACGUAAAUACAACCUAAUAUUAACUUGAAUUUAUGUAGCUACUGAUAGCAUAUGUAUUUGAGAAAAAAGAGAACAUAAAAAUCAUUUUAAACAAUAUCUUAAUAAAACUUAAACAUGAGUAUGGGUCACCUUAUAUAAAUUAAACUAAAAGUAACUAAACUAAUAAAAUAAUACGCAAACAUUCAAACCUAUUCAUAUCAGUAAGAUAAGAUAAAAAGCGCUAUUUCUGUGCAUAUAAUAUAAAAUAUUCAAUAAAACAAAACAAACACCAUGAAAUAGGUACUUCCAAAAAUAAAAUUCUUAUUAUAAACUUGUUAACAAUAAUAUAAAUACAACAAUUCUAAUAGUAUAAAGCUUGUUAUUUUUGAAUAGUUAUGUAAGUUAAGGAGAUUAUCAUCCAUUUGUAUAACAUUAUACAUGUAAAGUUAUUUUUAUUCAAUAAUAAAAUUAAUCUUGAAUGUUACCUAGAAAAAAACUUGAUGAUAUUAGCAGUUUAAGUGAUACAAAUGAUUUUGUAGUUAGUAUUUAUAAAGUAUGCUAAUAGAUAGUGAAUAAUUACAAACGUACUAACGAAUUGUUAGAAUACUUUUAAAUAUAUAUAUAUAUAUAUAU